AUGCAGACCUUCAAUAACUUAGAGGAGGCUUGCAGCCCUCCGAUGCGACAGCACCGUCUCAGCGACCUCACAAAUGCAACCAAAGUCGAUGACGCCUCCAUCAAGGAGCUUCAUCAAACUGAAUCUUCAGCCUCAGUCGCGCGCGUAUCUGAGAAUGCCCCUUUCGAAAGCCCGACAUCAUGGUCAUUUAGCAAGAAGCUCAGAGUCAACACGAUUCUGUGCUUUGCUACUUUGGCUCUGACGUACUCCUCCAGCGCCUACGCGUCCUCUGUGACCGACAUUGUCCUUCACUUCAGGGUCUCAAGAGUAGUAGCAAUCCUUGGCGUCUCACUCUUCGUACUCGGCUUCGCGAUUGGUCCCUUGCUGCUCGCGCCUGCAUCGAAUGUCCUCGGCCGAAAGCCCAUCUAUGUGAUGUCCUAUCUUGCCUUCUUUGCCUUUAUGAUCGGAGCAGCCGUUUCGCCCAACAUGGCUAGCCUUGCGAUCUGUCGCUUCUUUGCCGGCAUGUCGGGUUGCACCUCGCUCACUAUCGCUCCGGCUUCACUGAGCGAGUUCACGCGGCCUCAAGAGCGCUUCAAGUUCAUGAUCUGGUUCGCUGUCGCAGCUUUUGGCGGACCGUCUUUGGGUCCUCUCUUCGGCGAUUUCAUCUCUUAUCAUACUCGCCCGAUCCCUGGGUCGUCUGCGUUCGCCAACAAAGGACCGACUGCGCAGUGGCGGAUCAAUCUCUGGAUACAGGCCAUCGUAGUUGGCCUGGCGAUGCUCAUGCUUAUCUUUGGCGCCCCGGAAACAUCUCCUCUGAUAUUACAGGAGCGCGCAAAUGCUGAGCGAGCGAAGUCCCUAGGUCACAUGACCGAUCACGUCAGCUUCAAGUCGAAAGCUGUCAAAUUACGCAAAGAUUUGACGCAUGCUCUGGUCAUGCCAAUCAUCUUUGCUUUCACUGAGCCGCUGGUCAUCUUCUGCUCGCUCUUUCUUUCACUUCUGUACGGUAUUAUUUACGGUCUUUUCGCCGGCCUGCCGUAUGUCUUCCAGGUACAGAGGGGUUGGACCCAGCAGGAUGCUGGCCUGGUCUACAUUUCGCUGGCAAUUGGCUUCCUCAUUGGCGCGUUUAUCCUCCGAGUCUUUGGCGAAAUGUCCUUCGAUCGAGAGUUCAAGCGACUCGGACAUAUGCCUCCACCGGAAUCGAGACUUGUAGUCAUGAGCUGGCUCGUCAUCUUCACGCCUUGCGGCUUAUUCAUCUUUGGCUUCACUUCAUACCACAACUUACACUGGUUCGGCAUGCUCGUCGGUCUGGCACUCUUCAGCAUGAGCACAAUCUGCGUUUUUGCCUGCCUACUGCCUUACCUCGCACUCGCUUACCAGAGCAAUGCUGUCGAUGCAUUUGCCGUCACUGCGGUCACGCGAGCAGGUUUUGCGGCCGGCUUUCCUCUCUUCUCGUAUCAACUAUUCGAGAAACUCACCCCGGCCCGCGCUUGCGGCUUACUGGGCGGCUUGUCACUGCUAUUGACGCCGUUGCCGUGGAUCUUGAUCAGGAAGGGACCAGCGAUGCGUCACAAAUCAAAGUAUGCUAUCGGCUGA